AUGUACAAUAAUAUUCUUGUUUCUAGAUUAUUAAAAAAACCACAUACUGCUGCCUUUACACAAAACUUUUUAAUAGCGUUAAAAAAUUCAUUACCAAAAAAUAUAAUUAAAUUAAACCAAUUUUCAAACCGACUUUCGCCAAAAUUUAAAAUCCUGUUCUUUCAAGAGAAACAAAAAAAUUUAAGAUCUUCCAUUGAAAAAAAUAAUCUAAAGUUUAACCGUGAUUCCUCAGAUUAUUAUUCCUAUAUUCGUUAUUAUACUACAAAAAAUCCUGAAAUUAUCAACGAGGAACCAAUUGUUGAUUGGAUAACACUUUCGUUUUACUCUUUUACUUCUUUUCCCGAAAAUUCUCUUAAUGCUUUACGCGAAAAACUUUUAACAAAUUUAACCGAAUUGGGUAUUUUAGGAAGGAUUUAUGUUGCUAGUGAAGGGAUAAAUGCUCAAAUAUCAUGUCCAAAAGACAAAUUAAAUAAAUUAAGAAAAUUUUGUGAUGAAGAAAUGAAUUUAAAAACCAUAGAAUUUAAUUAUGCAACAUUACAUGAAAAAGCAUUUAGGAAAUUGAAUGUUAAAAUUAGGAAACAGAUUGUUGCAGACGGAUUAGAAUCAGGUUCUUUUGAUUUAUCCAAACAACCAAAGCAUUUGGAACCAGAAGAGUGGCAUUUCAGUUUAACCAAUGCCAAGAAAUCAUCAAUUCUUAUAGAUAUGAGAAAUCAUUAUGAAAGGUGA